AUGCCUGGUCGCGACGACGACCCGCAGCAGCGGCAGAACUACCGGGCCUCCCGCUCCCGCUCAUGGUCGCAGCCCUUACGUCUGGCGGCGGCCGGUGCAGCAGCUGCCCGGCGUCCCCAUCGGCGCUGCAGUAGUGUCAGCCCAGGCUACCCCUUCCUGCCGCCCGACUGGCCGUCGUCAUCGUCGUCGGCCGCGCCACCGCCGCCGCCGCAGCCGCAGCCGUCCCGCCCGGCACCGCAGGCCUCGGUGGGCCUCGCAGCGUGGCACAGCGCCGCGUCCCUUGCAGUGCCCGUAUCGAGUCCUGGUCCUCGACGCCCGGCAGACCAUCAUCAAAACGAUGUGGUCCGGCUACGAACCUGGUCCGGCGACGAUGAACUCGAAGAAGCAGCGGUUGCGCCCGGCCCAGCGCCAGGCUUCGAUCAAACCGUGAACAAAUACCGUCGUCGCCGGAAUCAGCAGCCGGGUUCGAUGUCGAUGGGCGAUGUACGCCCGGCGUUUGAUCUGCAGGUGUUUCAACCCCCGCAGCCUUCGCCAUCACCAUCGCCAUCGGCCUCGCCGUCCCCUAAGCUGUCGCCGGUGCCGGCGGCUUCAUCGACCGCGGUGCUGGUGACCACGCCUGAAGAGCAGGAGCCGCACGAAGCGCCAGACGAGCACAAAGAUGAACAUCUGAUGGUACAGCUGGCGCCGCCAAGGCUUCAAAGGCCAGGACCUUCGCUGGCGCGGGAGCUGCGCCCGCAGCUGGCCACGUAUACCACCGUCUCGGGCGCUGCCGCCUCCAAACGAGGGUUACCCAAGCCUCUCUCGAUCGAGCAGUUUCUAUUUGAUGAUGCGGCAUCGCGACAGGUGAUUCGUCGCUCGUUUUCUCAUCUAUGGCCAGCCGAUGACAACCUUGAUGAUGAUGGUGAUGUGUACAACGAGAACGACGACCAGAAUCCAGAAGCCAAGGACGACGAAGACGACGAUCGUGGGCAGCGUGAAGCCAGGGCGGCGGCCAAGGCCAACGUGAUCGAGAAGACGUGGCGGUGGGUCUGGAGCGAGCUGCAAGAGGGGAAGGAGGAGCGCUGA